AUGGUGAACCAGCGCACGUGCCGCGACAGCUUCUUCAAGCUCUGUUUGACGGUGCUGGUGAUGGACGGCGAAAACCUGACAGAGUUGCUCGCCGUUAACAACGCGAUGCUGAUUGCCGCUAGUGGGCAGCAUAAACGGCGCCGCCGUUUGAUAUCGAAGGGGUUAUUGUUCCCAGAGUGGGUGGCGGCGGCCGACCGGAAGCUGCUGGCGGCGUCGGACGUGAAAUCGGAUCUCAUGGUGUCGAAGGAUGGCUCCGGCAACUACAAAUCCAUUGUCAAAGCCGUGGUGGCUUCGGCCAAGGCGAGGGGCCGAAGCAUAGCGAGGUUCAUGAUUCACGUGAAGGCCGGCGUCUACCAAGAGAACGUAGAGAUUCCUGUAUAA